UCGCAUCGCCUCUGUGUUUCCGCUGAUGCAGCUCUGCAACACAAUCCAGAGUUCUUCUGCUGUCAGGACUGUCCACUCUCUUCUGGACAAACAUUUUGUUUUGAGUUCAAAUCUUAGGACACACUAAGGAGGGACGUCUGUGUGGUGCUGCUUCACUGCAGGAGAGAAAUGGAAGGAGCCAUUGAGCAGUGUGCUGAUGAGCCUCCUCAAGGGUGAAAAGAGACAGAUGAUUCAGCCAACGUGCCUGAAUGACCCCAAACUGAAGAUUCUGCAAGAGGUCCUGGUGGACUGGAUUAAUGCCACUCUGAAGCCAGAACACAUCGUAGUGCUGAACAUAGAGGAGGACCUCUAUGAUGGGCUGGUGUUGCAUCAUCUCUUAGGCAGGCUGGCAGACGAGCACGUGCCCGUGGAGGAGAUCGCCAUCACGUCAGAGGCCCAGGUGCGGAAGCUGGGGGUCAUCAUGGAGGCCCUCAACACCAAGCUGGGGGUCACUGAUGAGACCGCAAAAUGGAGCAUUGCUCUCAUCCACAGCAAGGACCUGCUGGCCACUCUUCAUCUGCUGGUUACCAUGGUGAAGCGCUUCCAGCCUGACCUGCCGCUGCCCCCAAACGUCAGCGUGGAAGUCGUCCGCUUUGAGGUCAACAGAAGUGGAAUCAAAUCAGUUAAACACAUUGAACACAUCACAGAGGGUCGGAGUGAUUUAGAUAAAGACUCUGACAAAGUGUCAGGGGGAGGAAACCAUUCUGAAAAGCAAGACCAUAUUGAUCAGCUCAUGCUCCUUGAACCACAAAAGAUCUCUGCAUUCAAACAGGCCAUCCUUCAUUUUGUUAACAAGAAUAUGUCAUCCCUGGGUCUGCAAGUGCUGGAGAUGGAGAAGCAGUUUGCAGAUGGCGUCAUGCUGCUCCUGUUGAUUGGACAACUUGAGGGCUUUUUCAUCCCCCUUUAUGACUUCAGCCUCAGCCCAUCAUCUGACCCUGACAUGCUACACAAUGUCACUCUGGCCUUGGAAAUACUCCAUGACCAAAACAUCCACGUGGGCAAUGUUGAUCCCCAAGACAUUGUGGCCCAGGAUGUAAAGGCCACACUGAGGGUCCUGUACGCGCUGUUUAAGAAGCACAAGAGCAAGUGACCUGGGACGGGACUGAGGGUCAGCCGAUGGAACCACCAAGGAGAUCUUAGCUCAUAACUCACACAGUGUUCAAUAAUACCAAGUCAAAACAGUGUCACCAAACAAUGAAUUUGCUUUAGAUUAUGUUCUUCUUUUUCACCCACACCCAUUUUCCACACCUCCCUCUCACCCCAUCAUUACGGUCAGACACACACAGACAGCACAUCCAUGGUAUGGCCUCAACAGUAUUAUUUGAAUAGAAUAAUGAGUUUGAGCCAUGUGCCUGACGUGCUCAGCCUGUGGAGGAGCAGAGAGGGUGGGAGUCAGUGGGGGAGAUUCGUCACUCACGCUGACAUUAACAAGACAGUGAGCAGCCUUAGCCACAAUGGCCAUCAAGAGAAGUGUGCUUUCCUGGAUAACAACGUUACUGAAUGUCACAUAUUUCAACUCUUCUGAAUCCUCCCCCUUCAUUCUUCCAUUUGCUACCUUUGAACUACUGCAAGGGCCUCAGGGGACUGACUGUAAGAUGUGUGCCAUAUGCAAUAUGGUCUCCUUUGACGUUCUGUGACUGACUGUAAGAUGUGUGCCAUAUGCAAUAUGCUCUCCUUGGGACUGACUGUAAGAUGUGUGCCAUAUGCAGUAUGCUCUCCUUGGGACUGACUGUAAGAUGUGUGCCAUAUGCAGUAUGGUCUCCUUGGGACUGACUGUAAGAUGUGUGCCAUAUGCAGUAUGCUCUCCUUUGUCCUUCUGUGACUGACUGUAAGAUGUGUGCCAUAUGCAGUAUGCUCUCCUUGGGACUGACUGUAAGAUGUGUGCCAUAUGCAGUAU